GCUGGGGAGAGUUCUUCGCCUUAGAGAGAGGCUGGAGGCGGGAGCCAGACCUAGCGGAUUCUCCUACUCUCCAGGCCUGAGCUAAAUAUUAAGUAAAAAACCCUUGGGGAGGGCAGUCCUUUCCGUUGGAAAGCCCUAGAUCGGGAUGGUAAGCGGAAACGGGGAUAGUCGGGGUUCUUCCCUCACUCUGGAGUCUGACUAGGUGUCCCAGAGUAAGGAUUCUGCUGCCUCUGGCCUUCGCGCCAGAGUGGGACAGGGGAGUCAUCCCACCAGCAGCACCCCCAAGCGAGCCUCCAAAUUUGGCAUUACUUCCUGCCGGGCCCGCUGUCUGCCUCACUUUCCCUGUUCUUACAGAGGGAGACCUAGUUAGAGCUACUGGGCUGAAACUCUUGAGAUUCUGUCUUGCGCAGAUGUCCGAGUAAGGUUUCGUCCCCUGGAGUGAUGUACUUUGAACUUUUUUAAAGUUGGCAGUGUCUGUUACCGUCUGAGUAGAGUCGUGCAGUCUCCCAGGCUCCUCACUUAACCCAUCUGCUUGUCCUUCCUUAGUUGAAGUGACUUGACAUCUUAGAGUUUCUUCUGUAAAAUAAUCAACGCUGUGUGUGUGGAAGUAAGGUAGUGUAAUGUAUUGUUGUUGAGGAACAAUGUGUUUUCUAAUCUGGAAAAUUGUUGAUGUAAGAGACUAGCAUAAAUACUGGUCUUGAUUACCUAUAGAGCUCUGAGAACCAUGUAUCACUGAGUGAAAUGUUAGUCUAAACCCUGCCUGCUUCCUAGACAUGAAGAGGUUUCCAGCUUUUGUUUAGAGAGUUUUAAUUUACUUUCCACUUCUAAUAGUGCUGGGAGGAAUUAGCAUUUCCUUUGAGUAGUUUUUCUUUUAAGUAGUUUGUUCUAAAUAUUGUAGGCUCACUUUUUCUUGUAUCUGUUCUUUGGCCUUUGAAUGGCUACAGGUAGUGAAGACUAGGCAGCAUCCCUCACCACUUGUAAUUUGUAAAUGAGCCUGUAGUUUUGUUUUGUUUUUCUUUCCAUGAAUUCUGCCUUGUGGUACCUCCAGAGUAAUAGCUUACAAGGCACUUUUCAGUUUUCAUUUUAUGUAGAGUCUGCAUUUCUUGAGACGAUAACUUGCUGUGUAGACCCCUGUCAUUACAAGACUACAGUAUUAAAAUAGUUACCUCUGUCAGUAUGUGACACUUCAAUAACUUUAGGUUAGUGGCACUUGUUAGAGUUGCAUUGUUAGAGCUGAUGUCCCAAAAUUUUAGGGAUUUCCUUGUGGGUUUUUGUUGUUGUUGUUUUGAACUAGGGUUUUUGUUAUUGUCUUUUUAAAGUAGGCAAGUAGGCUUAUUUGUUUGUUUGUUUUUAAGUUGACCUGAAUUUCCUGUAUUUUAAUCUUAUGUUUCCUGAUUGUUUGUUGGUCUUUUGUUUUACUUUCUGUGGUGGUUUUGUGAGCUUCUUGAUUUCCCAGGAUGCAUGGUGCCCAGGGCUUCUGUUUAAUAUCUUUGCAAGUUCUGCGUUUUGCUGUUUGUAUAAGCCCUUUAUUUUUUCUAGAUACAGUAUUUUUAAGCUAUUGAUUAUAGAAAGUAUUCCAUCAUGGUCUAUGUAGACUUUUUAUGCUUUGUCAGCAAAAUAACUUCUUUUAGUAAAUAUUAAGGGGAACUUGAUACUUAUAAAUGCUUAGCAUUGUAUAUAAUAGUGUGUUGUUUUUCUGUACUGAAUAGGGGAGAAACAACGUUCUCAGUUCCAAAGUAUGGUUAGCAAGUUUAGUAACAGAAACUGUUUCUGAAGUGAAUUUACAACAAUCUGUUUAAACUCACAUGUUGAAACUAGUAUUCAAGGAUAUUUAACCAAAUAAUGAAAUAAUCUCUCUCUUCCUUUGAGAUAGUAUUUACUAUAUAGUAUAGUAUUUUACUAUAUAUUCCUAAGCACACCUGAAACCUGCAGUCCUCUUGUCUCAACUUCCAUUUAGGUCGGGCUGUAGGUGUAUACUAUACCCAGGUUUGUUUUUUAUUUCUUGUGUUUAGAGACAAGGUCUCCUUAUAUAACCCUGACUGGCCUGGAACUCAGAUCACCUGCCUCUGUCUCCAGAGCGCUGGAAUUAAAGGUGUGUUCCACUAUGUCCUGUGAAGUGGAUUUUAUGAUUGAGAAUCACCUUGAAGGUUUUAGAAUACAGCUUUUUUUUAAUACUCUAAAAUCUGUGUAGCUUAAAAAAUUAUUAGGAGCCGGGUGUGGUGGCGCACGCCUUUAAUCCCAGCACUUGGGAGGCAGAGGCAGGCGGAUUUCUGAGUUCGAGGCCAGCCUGGUCUACAAAGUGAGUUCCAGGACAGCCAGGGCUAUCCAGAGAAACCCUAUCUCGAAAAACCAUAAAAAAAAAAUUAUUAGGAAUUCUAGCCGGGUGUGGUGGCGCACGCCUUUAAUCCCAGCACUGGGGAGGCAGAGGCAGGCGGAUUUCUGAGUUCGAGGCCAGCCUGGUCUACAAAGUGAGUUCCAGGACAUCCAGGGUUAUACAGAGAAACCCUGUCUCGAAAAACCAAAAAAAAAAAAAAAAAAAGGAAUUCUAUAAAAUCUUUUCUGCAAAACAAAUUUUAAAAGAAUUUUAUUUAGGGUAUUGGUGGUGGCCCAUGCCUUUAAUCCCAGUACUUGGGAAGCAGAGACAGGUAGAUCUUUGUGAGUUCUUGGACAGCCUAGUCUACAGAGUGAGUUCCAGUGAGACCAGGGCUACAGAGAGAAACCCUGUCUUGAAAAAACAAAAGCAAAGGAUUUUAUUUUUAAUAUUUUAAUUAUGUGUGUGUAGGAAGGGGACUAUGGCACAUGUGCGCAGGUGCCUCCAGAAGCUAGAGGCGGUGAUCCUCUGGAGCUGGAGUUUUAGGGCUUGUGAGCUUAUUAGUGCUAGGAACAGAGCUUGGGUGCUCUUUACCACUGAGCCAUCUCUCCAGCCCUAUUAGGAAUUCUUGAAGAUGAGGAUCUCCAUUACAAAACACUAAUGGAAAAUUUUCUCUACUUUAUGGUCAUAUCCUUGUAAAAUGUAAAAUUUGUUUUGGGUCCUAAGUGUAAAGGGGAAGUCAACAGGCAUCACAAAUGACCAACUGAACCAGUAAUCAAUUUCAGCCUCCUCCUCAUCCUCCUCGUCCUCCUCGUCCUCCUCCUCCUCCUUCUUCUUUUUCUUCUCUUCCUCUUCUUCCUCCUCCUUCUUCAAGCCUUUGGCAUUUUUAAGGCAUCUGCCAUUGGAUGGAUUUUUUUUCCUGGUAUUUAAAUUUAAAAAUUGAAAGCAGAACAGAGAGGGAGUAAUGAAUGCCAAAACCUGGGCCACAGCCCUUAGGAAACUUUUAUAACUUUUAGUAGGAUAAAAGAACUAAAAUUUUCUCCUCUAGUAGGAGUUAGAAGCACUGGUGAGCUGCCCACCAUGAGUGCUGGGUUCUCUGCAAGAGCAGGGUGCACUCUGCCACUGAGCCACCUUCCAGAUUGCUUACUUGCCUUUUUUGUCUGAGUUUUUGAGAACUAGAAAACAUUUAAAUAGAAAGAAAUUGGUAUACUCCUAGAUUUUUGUAAGGUUUUAUCUCUACGUAUGACUCUCUUACUGCUUGAAAUUACAGUAUCCAGACAUAAUUUCAUGGGUCCUAUACACUUCAAUUAGAAAGUCUAAAAUUUCUUCCUCAGCAAGUGUAUUAUCACUCUGUAGUUUAUGUUUCAGAGCUGGUUUUUUCUUACUUCUGCCUCCUAAAGAAUUAAGUUUCCUCUCCUUUGUUCACUGAAUGCAGUAUUCUCAGACUAUGAGUCCUACUCCACCCUCCUCAUGGGAAACACAACUCCUUUAUUCAGUUUUUAUUGCUCCAUCAUUGUUCAUAGUUACAGAUGCCGAUGUACUACAUAUUAAUAACUUCCAAGUUAGUUUUAAGGCUUAAUAAAAUAAUGUAUUUGUUGCCCCAGACUUAAAGCAAUUAGGAUUUACUGCAAUUGGACAGGGGAGAUGACUCAGUGGGCAAACAUAUUUGCUCAUAGACGCCUGAAGAUCUGAGUUCAAAUCCCCAUAACCCAUGUAAAACCUUGUACAGUGGGAUGAAUCUGUAGCCCAGUGCUCUUACAGGGAGAUGGGAGGCAAAAUUGGUAGGGUCUUCAGAAGUUGGCUAGCCUGGUAUACAGAGAAAUACUACUUCAAACAAGAUAGGAGGCAAGGACCAACGCCUAAGGUUGUCCUGGCCCUUACACAUACAUAUAACAUAUGUCUGUAAUCACAUAUCAACACUCACAGAUUUUCUUUUUUCAACAAAAAAAUUUAUUGUAGUCUUUAGUACCUUUUUUCCCUAAGGUGGUCUGUCCUGAGACACUUGGUACCAACGCAAGACUUCUCAUCUAUCAGGUACAGAAUAUGGAUUCCUGCAGGAUUCAGAAAGGGCUUAAUUUGGGGGGAGGGGGCUUACAACAUCCAUAUUGCCUCAAAAUAAUCUGGGUUUCCAGUUUUACCAAUUUAAUUUUUAAACUUUGUGUUAACCUCUCACUGUGAUUUUUUUUUUUUCUUUUUUUGAGACAAGGUUUCUCUAUGUCGUCUUGUCUGUCCUGGAACUCCUCUGUAGACCAGGCUGGCCCGGCCUCUAACUCACAGAGAUCCACCUGCUUCUGCCUCCUGGGGGUGCUGGAAUUAAAGGCUUGCACUGCCACCUCCUGGAAUGAUUUUUAAUUUCUCAAUUUUUUAAAAAUUAGCUUUUGUUGUCUGUGUGUGCCUGAUGUGAAUGUGUGUGUGGAUCAGAGAAUGACUUUGUUCUCUCCUUCCACCCUUCCAUGGAUUCCAGCGAUUGAACUCAGGUGGCCAGGCUUCCGUGGGGGGAGCGCCUUUACCCACUGGCCCUGCACUCCAAAAUUUGAGAUGGUGUUGCAAUGCAGUUGCUAGUGCUAAAUUACAGUCUUCUAAGACAUGCCCAUACAGAGACACGUCAGUGUGAUCAGGCACUAGAAAGUGCUGGGGCCGGCAGCCUCCUUCUAGAGGCCCUCAUGUGUUAGCCAUAGACUUGGUCAGGGAGCUAAGCAUGGUGUCUAGUGCUAUCCUUCAUCCCUAACCCCAGCGCCCUUUGCCAAGAACACAGGGACAUUUUUUCAUCUUUGUUCACAUUUACUGAAUGGUGCCAUCAUAAUUUUUAAACGUAUUUUCUGUUUUGUAAAUAUUUUAACUUAACUUUAGUUUUAUAUAUUUUAGAAUACAUUCACCCAGGUAUUUAUGGCUCUACCUAUUAAAGCUGCUGGGUAUACAAGUGCAUAUGCAAUCAGGUGUUUUAGACACCAUUUUAAACAGGUAUUAUUAACGACGAUUUUGCCAUUUGUGCCACUUAUGUUUGUUUCCUUUUCUUGAUAGCAUAGAGUUUUUUCAAUAGAAAAAGUUAUUUUCCUUAAAACUUAUGUGUAUUUGGAUAAUACAGCAACAUGCUUCCUGUUAUUGGGCCUGCUGAGGAACUGCCAGUGUAUGGCCAGCAUUCCCAGUGGUUGAUAAUGUUGGAAAUGAGCUGCUUGACCUUCUCCAGCAUUCAGUUGUUAAAAAUGAAUAGAAUGCAAGUUCAGUUCCACAUUAUGAAAACAGUACUCGGAAAAUUGAAAACUAUCUAGAUGAUUGUCUUUGGUUGGGCUGUGUUCUUAGCAAGCAGAAGCCUUGGUCAGGGUCUGCUGCUGACUCUUGAGGAGCACAUAGCCCACCUAUUGGGGACUACAGGUGCCACUGCUACUAUGGGUAAUUCCUGCAUCUGCCGAGAUGACAGUGGAGCAGAAGACAAUGUUGACACCCACCAGCAACAGGCUGAGAACAGUACAGUCCCUACUGCUGAUAGUAGGAGCCAACCUCGGGACCCUGUCCGGCCUCCAAGGAGAGGCCGAGGACCUCAUGAGCCAAGGAGAAAGAAACAAAAUGUGGAUGGGUUAGUGCUGGACACACUGGCGGUAAUACGGACUCUUGUAGAUAAUGAUCAGGAACCUCCUUAUUCAAUGAUUACAUUACAUGAAAUGGCAGAAACAGAUGAAGGAUGGUUGGAUGUUGUCCAGUCUUUAAUUAGAGUUAUUCCAUUGGAAGAUCCAUUGGGACCAGCUGUUAUAACCUUGUUACUAGACGAAUGUCCAUUGCCCACUAAAGAUGCACUCCAGAAAUUGACCGAAAUUCUCAAUUUAAAUGGAGAGGUAGCAUGCCAGGACUCAGGCCACCCUGCCAAACAUAGGAAUACAUCCGCAGUCUUGGGCUGUUUGGCUGAGAAACUAGCAGGUCCUGCAAGCAUAGGUUUACUUAGCCCAGGAAUACUGGAAUAUUUGCUACAGUGUCUGAAGUUACAGUCCCACCCCACAGUCAUGCUUUUUGCACUGAUUGCACUGGAAAAGUUUGCCCAGACAAGUGAGAAUAAAUUGACUAUCUCUGAAUCCAGUAUCAGUGACCGACUGGUCACAUUGGAGCUGUGGGCUGAUGAUCCUGAUUAUCUGAAACGUCAAGUUGGCUUCUGUGCCCAGUGGAGCUUAGACAAUCUCUUUUUAAAAGAAGGUAGACAACUAACCUACGAGAAAGUGGACUUGAAUAACAUUAGGGCCAUGCUGAACAGCAAUGAUGUCAGCGAGUACUUGAAGAUCUCACCUCACGGCUUGGAGGCUCGCUGUGACGCCUCCUCCUUUGAGAGUGUACGCUGCACUUUUUGUGUGGACACUGGGGUGUGGUACUAUGAAGUAACAGUGGUCACUUCUGGUGUCAUGCAGAUUGGCUGGGCUACUCGAGACAGCAAGUUUCUCAACCACGAAGGAUACGGCAUUGGGGACGAUGAGUACUCCUGUGCCUACGAUGGCUGCCGGCAGCUGAUUUGGUACAAUGCCAGAAGUAAGCCUCAUGUGCACCCGUGCUGGAAGGAAGGAGACACAGUAGGGUUCCUGUUAGACUUGAAUGAAAAGCAAAUGAUCUUCUUUUUAAAUGGCAACCAGCUGCCUCCUGAGAAGCAAGUCUUUUCAUCCACCGUAUCUGGAUUUUUUGCUGCAGCUAGUUUCAUGUCAUACCAACAAUGCGAGUUCAAUUUUGGAGCAAGACCAUUCAAAUACCCACCAUCUAUGAAAUUUAGCACUUUUAAUGAUUACGCCUUCCUAACAGCUGAAGAAAAGAUAAUUUUGCCAAGGCACAGGCGCCUUGCUCUGCUGAAGCAAGUCAGUAUUCGCGAGAACUGCUGUUCGCUCUGUUGUGAUGAGGUGGCAGACACACAGCUGAAGCCUUGUGGACACAGCGACCUGUGCAUGGAUUGUGCCUUGCAACUGGAGACCUGCCCAUUGUGUCGUAAAGAAAUAGUGUCUAGAAUCAGACAGAUUUCUCAUAUUUCAUGACACAUGUGAAGAGAUAUCAUGGACCUAUUUCUACUCAAUUCCAGCCAAUGUUCAAAAAGAAAAAAAAAACCACAAACAUCUCUAACCAGUUGUACGCACAUUGAAACUUAUAGCCAUGGCCAGAUUUUAUGCUAAAAUUGGUAGUUUAUCAAAGACAAAUUCUCUUAGUCUAAUCCAACUUGCCAUCCCUGAAUUCCUUUUGAGGCCAAGGAAGGCUGAAUGUCAGCAGGUGGGCCUGUGGUACUUCCAUGAAAAAUAACAGGUGGCAAGGGUCUCCUGAAUACUGAAACCACGCCAGAAUUCUUCAUGUUGGGUUUAUUUGAUUGUUUAACACAAAGUGUUUUGUGUCUUAGUCUACAGUUUUUAUUUUGGAGUGAAGUCAUUUUGGAGAAGUAAUUGACAGCGUGUCUGGGUUAAGUAUCACUGGUCAGAGAACCCAGGUGUGUUAAGCUUGGAUAUUGCACUGCAAGACUUGAAUCUAUAAACGUAGCGUCGCUUAGAUCACACAGGUCAUUACUACAAACAGCACGAAGAUCCUGAAAGAAGGUGCACAGACUGUAGGGAAAGAAUAACAACAAAACCCAGUUUUUUUUUAUAUUUCAGUGAUUCCAAAGAGCAUUCUAGUUUUUUUAAACUACAGAAAAUUGGUGGUAUUUUCAUCCAUGGUGUUUCUAUCCAGUUUCAGUACCCAUGUUUUGUGAGGAAAAUGUUUUACCAAUGCAGGAGGAACUCUUAAACCAAUUGCAAUGUUAGACUGGAGAAAAUUGGUAGUUAGUGUAUCUUUGAGGUACCAUCAAAUCAGGUUUUUUUGUUUUGUUUUGUUUUUAAAAAUUUUUUAAUCAGUAUUGUUUUGGGAAGUAAUAUACUUUGAAACUCUUCAAUUAGUAAUCUCUAGAAGACAGCCUGGGAACACAUAUUCUGUUGUUUCAAAUAAAUACAUGUUUUUGAAUAGCAAGUUCAAUCAUGAAUUGUUGACUCUGUCUUCAUCAAAAGUGUUUUAUAUCCCUCUCAGGGUCUCUGGUGAAGGCCUUCAAGAGUCCACUUUUUUCUCACAAAAAAAAAAAAAAAAAUUGGAAGGUAGAAUUGUAAAUUUUUAAGACUUAUUUCAUAAUGGUGUACCUCAGCAACUGCCUUUCAAUUUAUGCCAAGUCCUUACUUACUGAGUUUAUACUUGAACAGUAGAUGUCUUCUGAGUUUUACAGUGUGUUAAACUCACUGCACAUCCUAUUUCCUUCCUUUCCUUCUUUCUUGUUUGUGGUUCAUUAAACCGGUCCUACAACGGAGGCGAUCUCCUUCCUGGCUGUAUGUGUUGGGGUGCUGGGGUUUCCUUGUGUCUCUCUGGUCUUCCAUAAAUCCAAAUAUAUAUAUAUAUAUACAUAUAAGUAUAUAUAGAUAUAGUUAUGUGUUCUUUCAGCUUGUGGCGAAUGCAGUAAUUUGCAUUGAAGAAUAAAAUAUCUGUUGCAUUUUUUACUCUUAA